AUGGUGCCCCGAAAGGCCGCCCACUUCUCCGAGGUAGAGUCUCCGAUCCGCGAGGUUGCCCCCCUCGUUCUAAAACCUCUUGACAAACUGUUGCACAAGGUCAGGCUGGCUCAUCUUGCUGACAUCAAUGCGAGGAUUCCUCUGCUUCUUGCCGCGGUGAAACGUCUUGGGCUGGAGCUUGAUCUUGCAGCACACCACGGAGUCGUAUGCAUCACAGUCCGCGCUGUGGAGACGUUGUGCUUUUUGGAUUGGUUCUUAAGAAGGAGUUGGCUAUGCACAAGUUGUGGUAAGUGCAUAGUUCAAGCAGCCUCUGUCCGUAGUCGAAGGCCUAGAAUCAUGACCAGCACCCAAUCUGUCGUGAAAGUCGCCCAGGAGAAUAAGUUGUUCCAUGCUGGGGAUACUGCUGAUGGUGGCUGUUAUUUUGUCGUAAAACUCGUCAUUAGUGUCUGGUGUGGCACGGGGUGUUGGGGCAUACACGAUGAGGAAGGUGACAGGGCCUGCUGUGGUGCUGAGGCUGAACAUGAGGAGUAUCUCGGAACCGUUGCUGCCUGGUUCUACCGUAUUCAGCAGGCUGUUCUUCACUGCAAAGCCUACUACAUGUUGGCGUGGUUCCUCAGAGCUCUUCCUCUGUCAGAAGAAUGUGUUGUCCUUCUUCUUCAGAGAUCCGGAGCCAGCCAGACGUUUUUCCUGAAGAGUAGCCACAUGAAGGCUCUUGAGCUCAACGUUCAUGACGGCAGUUUUCCUGAAGUCGCUGAUGUCCUGGGGGACUUCAGAGAGGUCGGUCGCGUAGACCGGACGUUCCAACAGCCCAGUUUUAGAGCUGAUUUCUUUUGA